GGUAGCUGCUGUUUUCAUUUUAGCUGCAACAUCUGCUAAAACAUCCAUGAAACUUACCUAGACUGUGCCAUUAAAAGCGAGCAGUCAUGCUGGACUUUGCCAUCUUUGCUGUCACGUUUGUCAUCAUUUUGGUGGGAGCUGUCCUGUAUUUAUAUCCAUCAUCCAGAAGGGCCUCUGGCAUCCCAGGUCUCAACCCUACAGAUGAGAAGGAUGGAAACUUGCAGGACAUCGUGAGCAGAGGCAGUCUGCAUGAAUUCCUCGUCAGUCUACAUCAGGAGUUUGGGUCGGUGGCGUCGUUCUGGUUCGGCGGGCGUCCGGUGGUCAGCCUUGGCUCCGUGCAUCAGCUACGGCAACACAUCAACCCCAACCACACAACCGACUCCUUUGAGACGAUGCUGAAGUCGUUGCUAGGUUACCAGUCAGGGAUGGGAGGCGGGGCCAGUGAGACCAUCGUCAGGAAGAAGGUGUACGAGAGCGCCAUCAACAGCACGCUGAAGAACAACCUCCCUCACCUGCUCAAGCUGGUGGAGGAGCUGGUCGGGAAGUGGAAGUCGUUCCCAGAGUCUCAGCACAUCCCGCUAGGCGCCCACCUGCUGGGUCUGUCCAUGAAGACCGUCACUCAGCUGGCCCUGGGCGAGCGCUUCAAAGACGACGCCGACGUCAUUUCCUUCCGCAAGAACCACGACGUGAUCUGGUCAGAAAUCGGAAAAGGCUACUUGGACGGCUCCUUGGAGAAGAGCUCCAGCAGAAAAGGGCAUUAUGAGAAAGCUCUGUCAGAGAUGGAGUCGGUGCUGCUGUCAGUGGCAAAAGAGAGGAAAGCCCAGAGGAAGCAGACAGUGUUUGUGGACGCUCUGCUCCAGUCGACUCUCACAGAACGACAGAUCAUGGAGGACUGUAUGGUUUUCACUUUGGCCGGAUGUGUCAUCGCUGCCAACUUGUGCAUCUGGGCUCUUCACUUCCUGUCCACCUCAGAAGAAGUCCAGGACAAGUUGUACAAGGAGCUGGAGCAGGUUUUGGGCUCUGAUCCAGUUACCUUGGACAAAAUCCCUCAGCUCAAAUACUGCCAGCAGGUGCUCAACGAGACGGUGAGGACUGCCAAGCUGACCCCCGUCGCGGCUCGGCUGCAGGAAGUGGAGGGAAAAGUCGAUCAACACGUCAUCCCCAAAGAGAGUUUGGUGAUCUAUGCUUUGGGAGUGGUGCUGCAAGACUCUGACACCUGGAGCAUCCCAUACAGGUUUGACCCCGAUCGAUUCGAGGAGGAUUCGGCCAAGAAGAGCUUCUGUCUGCUCGGUUUCUCUGGGAAUCAAACCUGCCCAGAGCUGAGGUUCGCCUACACUGUCGCUACGGUCCUGCUCAGCACGCUGGUGCGGCAGCUGAAGCUCCACCCGUUGAAGGGGCAGGUCAUGGAGGUCAGAUCUGAGCUGGUGUCUACGCCUAAAGACGAAACCUGGGUCACCGUUAGCAGAAGAAGCUAAAA